AUGACGGACAAGCUCCCCCCCAACCUCCUCGCGCUCUUUGCGCCGCGCCCUGCCCUGCGCUACCUGCCUCCUUCGGAUCACGCCCCCGAGGAACGCCAUACCGCCAACAUUGGCGGCGUCGGCCAAUGGCUCCAGGCGCUCAACGACUACAAGGACAAGGACGACUAUGUCCCCACGGAAAGCUGGCUCCAGCGCAAGGACAGGCAGAAGGUCGAGAGGAAGGAAAAGUUAGAGAAGACGCUGACUGAAGGCGUCCUCGACUACAAGCCGAGCGAGGAUCCCCAGGUCCGCGGCGAUGCCUUCAAAACCCUCUUCGUUGCGCGCCUAGCCUACGACACCGAGGUGAAGGAUCUCGAGAGGGAGUUUGGUCGCUUUGGACCCAUCGAGCGGAUACGCAUUAUUCAAGACACGACGCAGCCUGAAAACGCGCCCCCAAAGAAGAAGAACAGAGGAUACGCCUUCAUUGUGUAUGAGCGUGAAAAGGACAUGAAGGCUGCCUACAAAGAGACCGAUGGAAUUCGUAUCAAAGACCGCCGUGUGCUUGUGGACGUCGAGCGUGGUCGCACCGUCUCCGGUUGGCGCCCGCGACGUUUUGGCGGUGGCCUAGGCGGC